AUGGAAACACAUAUGAAAAUACACACUGGUGAAAAACCUUUUUCGUGUAAUAUCUGUGAAUAUAGAUGUAUUAGAAAAAGUCAUUUGAAAAUACAUUUAAAAACACACACCGGUGAAAAACCUUUUUCGUGUAAUAUCUGUGAAUAUAGAUGUAUUAGAAAAAGUGAUUUGCAAAUACAUAUGAAAACACACACCGGUGAAAAACCUUUUUCGUGUAAUUUCUGUGAAUAUAGAUGUAUUAAAAAAAGUAGUUUGCAAGAACAUAUGAAAAUACACACCGGUGAAAAACCUUUUUCGUGUAAUAUCUGUGAAUAUAGAUGUAUUAGAAAAUGUGAUAUGGAAACACAUAUGAAAAUACACACUGGUGAAAAACCUUUUUCGUGUAAUAUCUGUGAAUAUAAAUGUAUUACAAAAAGGAAUUUGCAAACCCAUAUGAAAAUACACACCGGUGAAAAACCUUUUUCGUGUAAUAUCUGUGAAUAUAGAUGUACCACAAAAAGUAAUUUCCAAAGACAUAUGAAAAUACACACUGGUGAAAAACCUUUUUCGUGUAAUAUCUGUGAAUAUAAAUGUAUUACAAAAAGGAAUUUGCAAACCCAUAUGAAAAUACACACCGGUGAAAAACCUUUUUCGUGUAAUAUCUGUGAAUAUAAAUGUAUUACAAAAAGGAAUUUGCAAACCCAUAUGAAAAUACACACCGGUGAAAAACCUUUUUCGUGUAAUAUCUGUGAAUAUAGAUGUACCACAAAAAGUAAUUUCCAAAGACAUAUGAAAAUACACACUGGUGAAAAACCUUUUUCGUGUAAUAUCUGUGAAUAUAGUUUUAUUACAAAAAGUUGUUUGCAAAUACAUAUGAAAACACACACUGGUGAAAAACCUUUUUCGUGUAAUAUCUGUGAAUAUAGAUGUAUUACAAAAAGUCAUUUGCAAACCCAUAUGAAAAUACACACCAAUACAUAUGAAAACACACACUGGUGA